GCUUGUUCCACCCACUUAACCGGGUACUUGACCAUCAUUCCCCUCUCCCCUCUCCCCUCAUUAAUCCAAAAGGCCAUUAAUCCACGAUCUUCCUGUUGUUUGUCGCCCUCCCAGGCUGAUCGGGAUUUCUCUGCCAACUCGUCUCUUAUUUGAUUCUUUUCGCCCGUCGCUGGGUCUUCUCUCUUCUCCUUUUCCUCCUCCUCCCUCCCCCGCCUCCCCCCCUGGCCGUGAGGGCGCAAUCGAGCCUCAUCCAGCCAUGUCGAACUUCAUCAACAGCCUCUUCCCCUCCCAGGGACCAAAGCACGACAACAUCCUGCCCGUGCCGCCUCCACCCCUCCAUACGCGCUCCAGCCAGCCUGAAACUUUCAACGAGAGACCGAAUACUCCCAUCCAGAACAGCUUCAUCACACCGCUCUCGACUCCACAAGGAAGCCCGAGCAAGAAACAAAACCCCCCAGGCGCGCACGACCUCACGACCGCUUUUGAACAUGCCAUGAAGCUCAACUCUUCAACCCUUGGUAGCCCCACCAAGGGCGGUCGGCAGGCAGGCGCGCCUUUGUCGCCAGGGAAGAGCAACGCCUUGGCAGUAGACGAUCCAUACUAUGGUAACGCAUCUGGAUUUAUCGACGACAGCAUGAUACACAAACCGGCAGUGUCUCCGGGCAGCCCGCUGCGAAAACAGGGCAAGGAGAACACCCCACCAUCCACGAGGCAUGGACUGGAAGCCAUGAGCCAGAACCAAGCCGCGAUUUCCCGACAAGAACUCUAUCAACCUAGAGAACAGUCACAAAUUACCAAGAAAUACAAUACCCAUCGAGGCCUGACAGCCGACGAGUUGGAAAUUUUGAACAAGCCAAACGUCAAACGGCUUGCGAAUGUCACACAGCUCUAUUUCCUCGACUAUUAUUUUGACCUCCUUACGUAUGUUGGCGCUCGCCAAACCCGACUCACUCACUUCAAAUCCGAAUAUCCCGCACCCCCAGCUACACCAGAAGAAACAUACAAUCCUGUCUGGCAGAAAUAUGUUGGCAGAGAGCGAGCCAACCUUCGAAAGCGCCGAGUCCGUCUCCGACAAGGAGACUUUCAGAUUCUUACGCAGGUUGGACAGGGUGGGUAUGGUCAGGUCUUCCUCGCCCAGAAAAAGGACACCCGAGAGGUGUGUGCGCUGAAGGUUAUGAGCAAGAAGUUGCUGUUCAAGUUGGACGAGGUCAGACACGUUCUCACCGAGCGUGAUAUCUUGACCAACGCAAAGAGCGAGUGGCUUGUGCGCCUGCUGUAUUCCUUCCAGGAUGAGAAGAGCAUUUACUUGGCGAUGGAAUAUGUCCCUGGUGGAGAUUUUAGAACCUUGCUCAACAACACUGGUGUGCUUGCCAACCGCCAUGCUCGAUUCUAUAUCGCCGAGAUGUUCUGCUCCGUCGAUGCCCUCCAUCAGCUUGGCUACAUCCAUCGAGAUCUUAAGCCCGAGAACUUCUUGAUCGAUGGGACUGGCCAUGUCAAACUCACCGAUUUUGGUCUUGCUGCGGGUUUUCUAGCUCCUGGAAAGAUUGAGUCCAUGCGAAUCAAGCUCGAGAAGGUCGGAGAGACGUACGUUCCGUUUGGCAAGCCGAUGGAGCAACGAACCGUGGCCGAGCGACGAGAGGGAUAUCGAUCGAUGAGAGAUAGAGAUGUCAAUUAUGCCAAAUCAAUCGUGGGAUCUCCCGAUUACAUGGCCCCUGAAGUGCUAAAGGGCGAAGAAUACGAGUAUUCUGUCGACUAUUGGAGUUUAGGGUGUAUGCACUUCGAGGCUUUAACUGGAUUCCCUCCUUUCGCCGGUGCUACAGUGGACGAGACCUGGAAGAACCUGAAGCAUUGGAGAGAGGUUCUAAAGAGACCCGUCUGGGAGGACCCUAGCUACUUCAUCAGCAACCGUACAUGGAAUUUCAUUACAAGCUGCAUCGCAUCGAAAAACAAGCGCUUCUCUUCUAUCAAAGAAAUUUAUGCACAUCAAUACUUUGCUGAGGUUGAUUGGAACACUCUGCGAUCUCAGCGUGCUCCUUUUGUCCCAGACCUCGACUCCGAGACUGAUGCUGGUUACUUUGACGACUUCACCAACGAAGCCGAUAUGGCCAAGUACAAGGAGGUUCACGACAAGCAAGCUGCAUUGGAGAACAUGGCCGAUCGAGAGGACCCCAUGAGCAAGAGCUUGUUUGUUGGAUUUACCUUCCGACACCGUAAGCCGCUAACUGAGGAUGGCGGUGGUGGGAAGUCCAGCCCUCGAAAGCCAAUUGCCACUGAUGGCACAUUUGGCACCAUGUUGUGAUUGACGAUUUCCUGCUGCGGAAAUCAUGAACCUUGCUUACAUCUUUGCUUCUAUUUGGCUUGUAGGGUGUUGCGAAGGCGUGUGGAGAGGGAGGGCAUAAAAGGGAGCGCGGCAUCCGGGAUGCCGUCAUAUUGCUUGGUCCAUUGUGCUUUGUGUGCGUCUGUCCUGUUUAUUAAUGUUUGGAGUUCGAGACGAGGCCACUACGGCAUUUUGCAAGGUUGUAAUAGUAACGACGGAUAAGAGUACUACAAUUGAUGACUAUAUUAAACAUG